AUGGGCCAAGAUCAUCCCGUCACGAUACCCUAUCCGGCUUUCCCUCCAUCAGCGCAAUCAGCGCUCAGCAAGCUUCUCGUACCGGGCUUCAAGUUGCAGCUAGACGCGUGGCCGUUAUACAAAGCUAACCUCUCCUUAAUGCUGGGCUACAAAAAGGACGACAUUGACGUGCCAAAUACUAUCUCGCCAAUCGACCCGGCCUACACAUCCGACCUAACCGAGCUAGUUUUCGUGUAUGUCAAGAUCACGAUGCAGGACACAAACCCGUCGUCAUCGCCGCUUGCACCGUCUGCGAAUUGGCCGUUUGCUGCGCGGAACCCGCCUGUGCAUUCCUUCACGGCGAGCUUCUUCCCGUCGGUUAUUUGCCUUCAGGGUUACCCUGUCACAGAGCCUAUUCCCCCACCUCCUCCGCCUCCCGCGGGGGGGAGCAAUGUUGGGGUGUUUAUAGGCGUGGGCGUGGCGCUCGGGGUGCUACUGUUGGCGGCUAUUGCGGGCGUGCUAUACGUCUGGCUGGUGCGGCGGCAGCAGAGGGAGCAGGGGGAUAGGAACCUGGACAGGGGCCGUGCGGCUGUGUUUGCUGCAAUGCACUCUGCAAAUAAGAACCGCUGGUGGUUUGGCGGAAAGGGGAGUGGAGUGGGGGGGAGUUUGCGGAGUAAGGGGAGCAAGGGGGAGUUGACGAGCAAGCGGAGUGAAGGGGAUACUGGUGCGGAGAAGGAUAGUAAGGAGCUAGGGGAUGUGGGGAGUGCGGAGAGCGGCAAGCUGGUUGAUGGAAAUAUGAUGCAAGGGAUUUCGAGUGAAGUUUUCACAAGGGAGAGCUCGUUAGGUGAGGGCGUCGGUGGAGAUAUCAGAGAAGGGAGAUAG